AUGUCGCGUCCUCAGGAUGACAGGAACCAAGAGGCUACCGUGUACUUGGGGAAUCUUGAUGAACGGUGUACGGACGCUUUGGUAUGGGAACUGAUGCUGCAAGCUGGCCCGGUUGUAAAUGUACACUUACCGAAGGACCGCAUAUCUAUGGCCCAUCAAGGGUACGGAUUUUGCGAAUUUUUGACCGAAGAAGAUGCAGAAUAUGCUUGUAAGAUCAUGAAUCAAAUCAAAUUAUGGGGCAAGCCCAUUCGCGUCAAUAAGGCUUCUUCGGACAAGAAACAACUGGAUGUCGGAGCGAACUUGUUUGUUGGAAAUCUUGAUGAAAAUGUGGAUGAGAGACUCCUGUACGAUACGUUCAGCGCGUUUGGUAUGAUGGCAACCACAGCGAAAAUCGCCCGAGACCCUGGCUCUGGACAGUCAAAAGGAUAUGGAUUUGUCUCGUAUACCGACUUCGAGUCCUCAGAUGCCGCAAUCGAAUCUAUGAACAACCAAUUCUUAAUGAACAAAGCCAUCACAGUUCAAUAUGCCUUUAAAAAGGAUGGCAAAGGCGAACGACAUGGUACAUCUGCAGAGCGUCUGUUGGCUGCUCAAGCUCGGAAAAAUAACGCCCUCCCUGUCACUGCACGUCCCCCACCAGCGCCCAUGGGCAUGUUCGGACAACCAGCUCUUGGGGCACCGGCGCCGUAUCGAGCAGGACAGUUCGCCGGUGCCCUCGCUCAACCUCCCCCGCCACCUGGGUUCACCCCCCAACAAACUAUCAUGCCUCAAGGAAUGCCUAUGGGUAUGCCACCCCCACCUAUACCGGGAAUGCCUCCGGGAAUGGGUAUGCCUAUGGGUGGGGUUAUGCCGCCGCCACCGGGCAUGCCCGUAUUCAACCCACAAGGAGGGUAUCCACCCCCUCCCCCGGGAUUCGCAGCAGGCAUGCCUGGUCCUGGGAUGCCUCCACCGCCAGGUAUGCCCAUGCAGCCGUACCAAUGA